AUGGAUAACGAACAUCAAGCACAGCACAGCGAGGAAUCGCAUCUCCCUCCUCACAUCGAGCGCUCCCAAUCGAGUUCUUCGUCCUCAUCAGUCGACCACGACCACGACGAGCCACAGAUUCACCAGCCUACACCAAUCCGUCCUCGCCUGCCUAGUCGAAAGAGCAGCGGACCGCUGGUCGUACCCAGAGACAGCUCCGCCGUUGGCCCUAUUGAUACUGAGUUUGGACCCGACGAUGUUAGAGCGAUGAGCCCGCGCAGGACGAGUGAGGAUAUUGAGGCACUUGGCAGAGAGGCGAGGGAAGAACUGAAGAGACACGCAAAGGCUCUGCAAGAGUCCCUCCUUACGAUCUUCAACCGCAUCGAGGCGGUUCGUGAGGAACACGACAAGCUUGACAGCAACAACAAGUUCCUCCAAAAAUACAUUGGUGAUCUAAUGACGACAAGCAAAAUCACCGCACCGCCAAGCAAGGGCAAGAAGUAA